AUGUAUUAUUUCCUUAAAUCAAAAGGGGUUGACUUGUGGGAUGUUGUAGAGAAUGGGCCAUUCACCCCAACUAAAAUUGUUGAUGGUGUGCAUGUAGCUAAACCUAAGGGUGAAUGGAGUAAGCAAGAGAAAAGAAGAGUGGCUUUAAAUGAUAAGACUAUUCAUGUUUUAUUUUGUGCAUUAAGUAGAAGUGAAUAUAAUAAAGUGUGUAUGAAGUCUACUGCAAAAGAAAUUUGGGAUGCUUUAGUGGUUACUCAUGAGGGUAUUAUUCAAGUAAAGGAGAAUAAGAUGGAUUCCCUUAUCUACCAAUAUGAAUUGUUCAAGAUGAAGUCGGAUGAAAUAAUAAGUGAAAUGUAUGAUAGAUUUGUGGAGAUUAUAGGAAGAAUUAAAUCUCUUGGGAAGACAUCCACAAAUGAGGAGCUAGUAAAGAAGAUUUUAAGAAGUCUUCCUAAGGAGUGGCUACCUAAAGUAACUUCACUCAAGGAUUCCAAGGACUUGAGCAAGGUACAACUUGAUGAGCUCUUAGGAAAUCUCAUUGAUUAUAAGAUGACCCUCAAAAGAGAGCAAGUGGAGGAACCAAACAAAGCCAAAAAGACCAUUGGCUUCAAAGUAUCUUCCAAAAACUCAAGUGAUGAAGAUGAUGAGUUUCAUGAGGAAGAAUUGGCUCUAAUGACAAGGAGAAUAAGGAAGAUGCUCUUCCAAAAUAAGAAAUUCAUCCCAAAGAGGAACUUCAAGAAGGACAAGGGAGAAAGUAGCAAGAGGGAUCCUCCCAUAUGCUUUGAAUGCAACAAACCGGGUCACAUUAGAACGGAUCAUCCCAAAUUGAAGAAGCCUUUCAAGAAGUUUAAGAAGAAAGCACUUAAAGCAAUAUGGGAUGAAUCAAGUGACUCCGAAGAUGAGGAGAUUGGUGAUCAAGUUGCCCAAAUGUGCUUCAUGGCAAUAGAGGAAAGCUCCAAUGAGGUAACUUUAAAUGAUAAUGUUGUUGAAUUUUCUUAUGAUGAACUAGUUAAUGCUCUUAAAGUUAUGAAUGAUGAACUAGAAUUAAGUCAUAAGAGAAAUAAACUUAUGAAAAGUGAGCUUGCUAGUUUAAGGAAGGAGAAUGAGACCUCAUCUAAGGUUGAUAGACCUUUGGAUAGUAAUGUGCAAAAAUCCUUAGAUGAGCUUUCAUUAGAAAAUGAGAAGUUGAAAAAUAAAAUUGUUGAGCUAAAAACUUUUCUUUCUAAAUUUGCUAAAGGAAAAGACAAACUUGAUGCAAUUUUGGACUCUCAAAGGUCUCCUAGCAUUAAGUAUGGACUUGGCUAUAGUAAAUUUACCCAAGCACCACCUUCCAAGACCAUCUUUGUUAAAGCAUCCAGUUCUAAUAAGCCUAGUUCCCAAGUGCCUAGUCCAAAGGUGUCCAAUCCUAAAGGAUAA